ACGACGACGUCCAAGCAUAAAACCUUUUCUGCUACAUCGGCUUACUGUGUGAUCUAAUUAGGGUUUCGAAUUGGGAACUGUUCAUGCAUUGCUCAAUAGUUCUCACUUAAAUACUUUCUCGCAUCAUCUCUACGUCGUAAAUCGACCUCCAGAAUGAAACUUCAGUGCUUGGGCAAACAAUUGUUCAAUUCUUCUGCGAAUUUGCCCCGAAUUCAACUCUCAUCUCCAAUGGAGGCUCAUCUAUGGUAUAUAAUACCCAGUGAAGUGCAAUCCCAAUCAUUAUUAAAUCAGUACGCCGAAAUUCUAUCCCCAUGCGAGAAAGAAAUAGUUUUCGAAAUGCGCGACGAGGAGCUCAGAAAAAGAGCUCUGCUGGCUCGUGCUUUGGUUCGGACUACCAUUGCCAGAUAUCAGAUAAAUUCUCAUGUUAGUCCACGAUCGUUGAAGUUUAUUAAGAACGUACAUGGGAAACCAGAGGUGGAUUGGCAACACUGCGAACAAUGGCGUCCACUGCCACUGCAUUUCAACAUCUCACACACUUCGUCUUUGAUAGCCUGCGGAGUCACAGUCGACUCUCCUAUUGGUAUUGAUGUGGAAAAGAAGAAUCGAAGACUGAAGCAUAAUGUCAUGUCCUUUGCUCAACGAUAUUUUUCAAAACAUGAAGUUCAAGUGUUGUCUGCUAUUUCAGAUCCCCAACUUCAGCUGCAGGAGUUUAUAAAAUUGUGGACUCUCAAGGAAGCAUAUGUCAAAGCAUUGGGACGAGGCUUUUCAGAUGCUCCAUUCAAGACUUUCACAAUUCGAAUUAGGUCUGCUACUAAAGGAAGCUUUGCAGGAAAUUCCAAUUUUGAGGCUUCUGAAAUAGUGGUGGAUUCUUUUGAUGACUCCAUGGACCUUACAAGUGAUUGGAAGUUUGUACUCAUGGAUUUGGCUGGUUCUCAUUAUGCUGCCAUUUGUACCAAAAAGGAUUCUUCCAUUCAAGGCAUACAGAUUACUCCUACGAAACUGACAGUAUGGAAGACAAUUCCCUUCGUUCACGAUGAAUGCGUUUCAGGAACAGCAGCAGUUGUGAUUAUUAGUGGCUAAGUUGAGAUUCUCAUUUUGAUGAUGCGAGAUAUCAUUUUGGUGGUAACUUGACAGAGUGGAUGUUAUGCACCACAUUGUGUGACAGCAAUUUAAUUUUUGGAUAGAAAGGAUCAACACUUAGUCCAGUCCCGCCUUUACCAGGGACUUCCAGUUUCAUCAAAAGAUGGGAACAGUGAUGCAUAAAGCCAUAAAUCUAUAUUCUUUCCUAACCACGGAGAUAAUCUUGACUUGUAGGCAAUUAAGGUUAGCAAUUCUUUAGCUUCUUUCUGUGUCUAUUGUGAUUGUAUUGUUCAUGGAAUCUAUUAUGGUUCAAAAAUUCUGAGUUCUUUUGCCUUCA